AUGCAAGGCCGAGUGGCGACACGGGCGGACGGUGACCACAUGAAGACGAUGACGACGGAACAGAUCCUAGCUUAUUGGAGGAUCCCCGAGACGGACGUUGAAAUGACGAUUCGUAGGUUGAAUUGGUACGUGGGCUGGGCCAGGGACCCCCAGAAGCACUCCCAGGAGCUCUGCCUGCUGUUCGGAUCCCUGGAGGUCAUGGGAUGCAGGGGUGGACAUCUUCACGGGGACGUUCCUGGAACAGAGGCUUCUCCGUGGCUCCGUAGGUGCCAGAAGGACUUCCUGAGGGCCGCUGAGGACUUGGAUUCGGGCAGGGACGUCUGCGAGUUCGUGAGUCAGAACCCUGGGAGGCUGUUAGACCAGAACGUAGUGACGGAGCUUCCCCAGCUCGAUUUCACAGAGAUUCGUGCCCGUUGUCUCUCGCAUGCAGUCCCACCGUUUCACACGCAGACGGUGCACGCUGGCCCUGCUGAGCCUCCACCAGACGAGGCGCCCUCGGAGUGGCAGUGUGAUUGGCAGCUUGACACUGAGACAGGCAAAAAGACGUGCGGGCCCUCAAGUGCGUCCUGUGUGAGUAUCAUGCUGCUGACACAGGGGAUCUACGUUGUCAUCUCCGUAGCCAUCUUCCUCGAGAAAUGCGGCCAUCUCUUCAUCCCGAUAUCGAACCGAUCGACAGAGAUGGAGCUGGAGAAGCCAGACUGGCUUCAGGACGUCAAGGGCAAGCUCCAAGCGGGCAAAGGAGACCACGAGAUCAUAGGGCAGCUCGUACUCAUCAUCGCGCGCCUAGUGCUGGCGGACAGCAGGGCCAUCGCGGAGCUGACGGCCACCGUCUACACCACUUACGCGCUCGACUAUGUAGAGAGCGGGGUCACGGAUCUGAUGGAGGACGCGGGCAAACGCUACCAGGAGAUCUCGAACGACUUGGCCGAGAAGAAAAAAACUGGCGAGGUGGUGGAUUUCAAGAGUCGGGGGCCUCCUCACCUCCACAUAUUCAUGAUAGCCCUCAUCUUCCUAGCCAAGCAGGAGACCGAGUGGGGCAGGGCGCUUCGCGAGAUCUACGAAAAAUAUAUCAAGGGUUUCAAGAUGCUGGAGGUGGGAGAGGUCGUCCUCCACUGGCAGUGGAAGCGGAACAGGAAGGAGGGAUCGAGCCAGGAGAACAAAGGGCGCUUCAUUAUCGCGAUCGAUUCGGAUCACGAAGUAG